AUGGGUCUUGGAAGCGCGCCGACAGUAUCUGUACCCAGGUAUCUCAUCAACAAUGGCAUAGACAAUCUCUGGGCCAAACAAGCUAAUAGCGAUACUCCCGCGAUUGUGUCCUUCACCAUACAAGAUGCCGAUCUUGGUGUCAUUCAGAAUGUCACUUUCAGCUCGCCGCGGAUUGUCAUGCAACAAUCACAAAUCGUCUUCCAAUUCAGGAUCGAGUCUGGUACCUUUAUGGCCAAGAAUCAAACCCCUAGCUCUAUUGAUCUGUCUGGGUUUCGGCUUGCAUAUCCUGCAAGCCUGUCAAACAGCACGUUAGAUACAACAACAGCCUUAUACAAGCAGAUGCAAUCAAAGAUGGCUGUUCCCGGUAAUUACUCGAUAAAUCAGCUCCUCAUCAACUUACCCGUAUCCACUGAUAGCACUUUCUGGGCCAAUCCUCUUCCGAGCUUGACCUCUUUCGGCGCUAACAGUGGUAAUGUAACACCUGCAAUCAUGAAAAUUCUUGGUGUUCUUCUCGCCGUUAAAUUUGCAGGCCUCAAAUCCUUAGGCCUACUGGCGAGCGGCUACUCGGCACAAGUAGCCAAUCCUGCCUCAAUCACUGAUCAUCCACCCACGUUUGUGCCAACCUACGCUCACAUGCAAAGCUACCCGUGGAUCGCUCAAUCUCCAUUGUCUCAGCCAUCUUUUGGUCUGCAAGGCAACGCACGCUUGAACUCCCUGUGCUUUAUGGAAAUGACCCAAGGAAGAGUAGCUCCGACCGGCAGCGAUGUCGAUGUGCCUUUCAAUGGCAACUGGACAACUAGUAUCCCACCGACUCUGGCCACCUACAGAGUCCUACCAACAAACACUUUUACCGUCGCUGCAAGUAGCGCUCAAAGUUGUAACGAGCCUACAAAGGCACUUGAUAGCUCAAAUAUGACAUUUUGGCACACACAAUACUCACCCACACUGACGCAAUAUCCUCACUCCAUAACCAUCGACAUGCAUACAACGCAGCUUGUCAAUGGACUGACAUAUCUGCCUCGUCAAGAUACUACCCCCAAUGGCCGGAUUGCAAAAUACAGCAUACAGCUUAGUAUCAACGGUUUAUCCUGGGGUCCCGACGUCGCAGUCGGUACUUUUGCUAAUGACACUUCUUUGAAGCAAGUCUUCUUCAGUAGCUCGUACGCUCGGGUGGUGAGGUUGACUGCCCUCUCGGAAGUCAGCGGCAAUGCUUGGGCAAGUGCUGCUGAAAUCAAUAUACUCAGCGGCGCCUUGAACAAAAGUGACUGGCAAGUGAGCGCAGAUAGCGCCGAGUCAGGAUUUUCAGCUUCAAAUGCGUCUGACCAGAGUAUGGAUACUAUCUGGCAUACUUCGUACUCUGGAAAUCCUGCCUAUCCCCAUACAUUCACAAUCGAUCUCUAUCAGAUGGCCAGCAAGGUUGGGUGGAAGCCAAUCUCUGGGCUUGUGUACACUCCGCGACAAGACAUCACGCGCAAUGGCACCAUCGGUAAAUUUUCAAUUCGUGUAAGUGGGGACAUGACUAAAUGGACGACUCUGGCAAGCGAUAGAUGGGUAGAUGACCGCAGCAGCAAGGUGGUCAGGUGGGCUCCAACGCCCGGUCGCUAUUUCCAGCUGCAGGCCAUUUCUGAGGCUGGCAACCGCGGUCCUUGGGCUAGUGCAGCUGCUAUUGACCUGCUUGAUGGAAGCGGUCAGAUUGCUGACUCGACCUCUACAGACUUCGGCUACUUUGGUUUGUCACGUGCGAGCUUUUUUGACCGCUAUCUUAUCCCUAAAUUACGCGUCUUGAACGCGGGUCUGGAAGCUUUCAUUGCUGGUCUGACUGUCGAUAUGAGCGAUUGGAGCGCACCUCUAUGGUAA